AUGGCCACUGCAGACCUUCGUCCUGUAGCCGACUACAUCAUUGUCGGUGGCGGAACAUCCGGACUUGUGGUCGCCUGCCGCCUAUCAGAAAACCCCGACGUGCAUGUUGUCGUGCUAGAGAGUGGUCCCGACGGAACCAAAGAUGAGCGGGUAAUGGACCCUGCCGCCUAUCAGAGCCUGGAGGGUUCGGAGCUUGACUGGAAGCUCAAAUACAGGCCACAACCUAGCUUGAAUGACCGCGUACUGGAUAACCCGGCGGGAAAGGUCUUGGGGGGAUCCUCGGCGAUCAACGGGAUGAUAUAUAUUGCCCCCUCUCCGGCUGGCAUUGAUGCUUGGGCGCACCUCGGAAAUCCCAAGUGGACAUGGGAGAAGCUCGCGCCCUAUAUGCGGAAAAGCAUCACGCUCAACGUCCCCGAGACACAUCCGGAAAUCAAAGAAAACCAGCGCAAUCCAUCGACGGGUCCGAUUCAGAUUACAUAUCCUUCCUUGACCGACAUAUCGGCCCAAUCACUUCUGGGAGCAUGGAAUGAUGCGUUCAAAGCCCGAGGGCAUUCUUUCAAUCCAGAUAUCCUUGGAGAACAGCAGACGCUCGGCCCUCGUCCUUAUGCCGCCACAAUCGAUCCGGUGUCCGGGUUGCGAAGUGCGUCACAUAAUCAGUACGCGGCAGUUGCUUCCGCUCGGCCAAAUGUGAGCAUCGUCACUGAAGCGACCGUGCGUCGGAUAUUGUUUGACACCAACUCACUCGAUGCCGUUGCUAGCGGAGUUGAGUUUGAAUACUACGGCCAAGUCUCAACCAUCCAAGCGUCCAAUGAAAUCAUUCUGGCUGCCGGAACCUUUCACACUCCCAAGGUUUUAGAGCUAUCUGGGGUAGGUGAUAAAGAGCGACUGGAAAGUCUAGGUAUUCCAGUAAUUAUUGAUCAGCCUGCAGUAGGCACAAAUCUUCAGAAUCACCUUAUGAGUGUCUUACCAGUCCCUCUCAAGCCUCAUUCCGACUUGGAAGAUAUCACACCCGGCAUUCAGUCACUAUCUAUGGCGAGUCUCGACUCGGAUGAACAGAAUGAGAUCCUCGCUGCUCAUUCGAGUGAGAUCAAAGGCACCUUUGAGGAGACUAUUCAGUCUAUCAUUCAGAACCCCCACGAAGCUUCGAGUGAAUUUAUUUUGGGACUUGUUUCACCACAGCUUGCUAUCAUAGCUGGAAUACUUAGUUUUCCCUUUUCUCGAGGACAUGUGCAUAUCUCAUCCGCCGAUCCAUACGUACCGCCCGAGAUCGACGCUCAAGUUGCCUCGAAAGAAAUUGACCUAGAUAUUCUAGCCAGGCAUAUGCAGAAUUUGCACGAAUUCAUCCGCGCAGAGGCGCUAAAUCAAUUCUUCCAGGAAACAGUCACGGUACCGGAUAUUGAGUCAAUCAAGGAAGGAAUACGUGCAUCCGGUCAGCUAGCACACCAUGCCUGUGGGACGGCUGCCAUGCUUCCCCGAGAAAAGGGUGGAGUAGUUGAUGAAGAUUUGAGAGUUUAUGGGACGCGGAAUCUCAGGAUCGUCGAUGCUAGUAUAUUCCCAUUGAUUCCGCAUGCAAACCCAAUAGCUACCGUCUACGCAGUGGCCGAACGUGCUGCAGAUUUGAUUCGAUAA